GUGAGUCCGAAAUCAUCUGGAUUUAUCACGUAUCAUCUUUGGAGCAUAAAGACAUUGUGCACUAACACCUCAUGACUCACUGCAGUCCUCCGUGAACCGUGCAACUUGCUUCGUGCGCGAAUUUUAAACUUUGCGUUUGGUGACCUGUGGCAUCUCCAGGUUUUACGCACUGAAUUUUUGAUCGUUAUCCUGGGUUUACCAUUGUGGAACUGUCUGAGGAGCCGCGCGGAUAGAUAUUUUCGUCUUGUACAUACAUAUAUAUAGAUAUAGAUUUUUUUUUUUUUUUUUUUUUUUUGCUGUAAUAAACGGAGUUCACCUUUGGUUCGGGAAAAAUGAUUCUCAGAAGAUGUCUCAGAGUGUUGGCCCUUUUUCUUCUGUACACCUCCGUAAAAUCUCAAGAUGCAGAACUGGAAGAUGACACAGUUUUUGACAUGUUUGAAACCAGUGGGAUCACACACAAGACUAUCGGUGUGAAGCUUUUUAAAGGCCUUGACAGCGAUGCUCCAGCAUAUCGCUUCAUCCGGUUCGACCAGCUCCCCUCAGUCAGCUCCUUUGCACUACAAAAACUUCUUUUGCAGAUUCAAAACAAUGAAGGCUUCAUUCUGACCGCCACUCUGCGCCAGGACCGGACAUCCCGUGGAACCAUUCUUGCACUGGAAGGCCCCAGAGAGCGCAGACAGUUUGAAGUUGUUUCAGACGGAAGAACCAACACAUUAGAUCUGGUGUACUGGUGGGCUGAUGGCUCACGCAAUGUGAUCUCUUUUGAGGAUGUAGACCUCUCGGAUUCACAGUGGAAGAAUCUAACACUCUAUGUGCAUGGAGAGACGGCAACUUUGUACAUUGGUUGUGGACUUAUUGAUAGCUUUAUUCUAGAUGAACCUUUCUAUGAACACCUGAGCGCCACAGGUGGUCAUAUGUAUGUGGCCAAAGGGGCCACACGAGAAAGCCAUUUUAGGGGCUUGCUGCAGAAUGUACGUUUUAUCUUUGACACCCCACUUGAGGACAUUCUGGAGAGCAGGGGAUGUGAUCUUGGAAACCCAGUCGAGGUGAAUGUAGUCAGCGAGAGUGAAGAAGAGGUGGAUGUUCCAUCUUCAAUUGCCACCAACGUGAUUACAGAUGUUUCAGCAACCAGCUCCUCAGAGCAGAUGUGUGAACAUUCUUGUGAAGAGCUGGCCAACCUCUUCCAGGAGCUCAAGGGUCUCAGAGUUGUAGUUAGCAACCUCAUAGAUGGUCUGCAGAAAGUGACAGAAGAAAACACGGCGAUGAAGGAGGCACUAAAUAAGAUGCAGAGUCUUUCAGAGCAGGCUAUGUGCUGGCAAGAUGGUCGAGUGUUUGAGGACAAAGAGGACUGGAUUGUAGAUAGCUGUACUAAAUGUACCUGCCAAGAAGGAAAAGUUAUUUGUCGUCAGAUCACUUGUCCUCCAGUGGCAUGUGCCAAUCCAUCCUUCAUCGAUGGCGAAUGUUGUCCAGUUUGCCUUCCAUUGGAUAGUGAAGAUGGCUGGUCUCCAUGGUCAGAGUGGACUCGGUGCACAGUCACAUGUGGAAGUGGCACUCAACAGAGGGGGCGCUCUUGUGAUGACACAAGCAAUACAUGUUUUGGACCCUCGAUUCAGACACGCAAGUGCAGUUUGGGAAAAUGUGACCGCAGAGUUCGUAAAGAUGGUGGCUGGAGCUUAUGGUCUCCAUGGUCAUCCUGCUCAGUGACGUGUGGAGAGGGACUGAUCACACGUAUCCGUCUCUGCAAUGCUCCUGUUCCACAAAGAGGUGGAAAGGACUGUGAAGGUGAUGGACGAGAGACACAGAGCUGUAACACAAACCCCUGUCCGAUUGAUGGUGGCUGGGGUCCAUGGUCUCUCUGGGAAACAUGUUCGGCUACAUGUGGAGGGGGUCUGAAGAGUCGCUUUAGGGAGUGUAACAGCCCUGAACCACAGCAUGGAGGAAGGAAGUGUCUUGGAGACUCCAUUGAAAAUGAAGUAUGCAACCGACAAGAGUGUCCUAUUGAUGGCUGUCUUUCGAACCCUUGCUUCGCCGGAGUCGAGUGUAUCACGGCUUCUGAUGGAUCCUGGGAGUGUGGACGCUGCCCAAAUGGUUACAGUGGCAAUGGAACUUUCUGUAAAGAUGUCAAUGAGUGCGAUAUGGUGUCAGAUCUGUGUCAUAAGGUGGGUGGCCUACAGCAAUGUGUGAAUACAGACCCCGGAUUCCACUGUCUCCCCUGCCCCCCGCGCUACAAAGGGACUCAGCCCUACGGCAUGGGAGUGGAGUCAGCUAAAGUCAACAAACAGGUGUGUGAACCCUACAACCCCUGCAAGGACAACAGCCAUAGUUGCCACAAGUAUGCGUUAUGCAUCUUCCUUAGUCACUUCAGUGACCCAAUGUACAAGUGUGAGUGCCGUAUUGGUUAUGCUGGAGAUGGCAUCAUCUGCGGAGAGGACUUUGAUUUGGAUGGAUGGCCCAACCAGGAUCUUGUGUGUGGAGCAAAUGCCACCUACCAUUGCAAAAAGGACAACUGUCCGACUUUACCCAACUCUGGUCAAGAGGACUUUGACAAUGAUGGGCAAGGAGAUGCUUGUGAUAAAGAUGAUGACAAUGAUGAAAUUGUGGAUGAAAGGGACAACUGCCCCCUGAUGUAUAACCCCAGGCAGUAUGACUAUGACAAGGAUGAUGUUGGAGACCGGUGUGAUAACUGCCCGUAUGAGCAUAACCCUGCUCAGACCGACACUGACAACAAUGGGGAAGGAGAUGCCUGUUCUAUUGAUAUGGAUGGAGAUGAGAUUCUAAACCAGCGAGACAACUGCCCUCUCAUUUACAACACAGACCAGAAAGACACAGAUUUAGAUGGUGUCGGAGACCAGUGUGAUAACUGCCCCUUAGUUCACAACCCACAGCAGACGGAUGCAGAUAACGAUCUAAUUGGAGACCAGUGUGAUGACAACCAGGACAUAGAUGAAGAUGGCCAUCAAAAUAACAUGGAUAACUGCCCGUACAUAAGCAAUGCUAACCAAGCCGACCACGACGGAGAUGGGAAAGGAGAUGCUUGUGAUUUUGAUGAUGAUAAUGAUGGCAUUCCCGAUGACCGAGAUAACUGCAGACUAGUUUCCAACAAGGACCAAACAGACUCUGAUGGUGAUGGCCGUGGUGACGCCUGUGAGAAUGAUUUCGACAACGACAAAGUCCCGGAUAUCUUCGAUGCGUGCCCGGAAAACAAUGCCAUCAGUGUCACAGAUUUCCGGAAGUUUCAAAUGGUGCACCUCGACCCCAAGGGAACCACGCAGAUUGAUCCCAACUGGGUGGUCCGAAACCAGGGCAAAGAGCUCGUGCAAACUGCCAACUCUGACCCUGGAAUUGCAGUGGGCUUUGAUGAGUUCAGUGCUGUAGAUUUCAGCGGGACCUUCUAUGUGAAUACAGACAGGGAUGAUGACUAUGCAGGUUUUGUGUUUGGAUACCAGUCUAGUCGACGUUUUUACGUAGUGAUGUGGAAACAGAUCACGCAGACGUACUGGGAAGAAAGGCCAUCAAAGGCGUUUGGCAUCUCUGGCGUCUCUCUCAAGGUGGUCAACUCCACCACGGGCACUGGGAAAAAUCUACGCAAUGCAUUAUGGCACACAGGCAACACCAAACAGCAGGUACGCACUCUGUGGCACGACCCAAAGAAUAUUGGCUGGAAAGACUAUACCGCCUACCGCUGGCAUCUCAUCCACAGACCGAAGACUGGCUUCAUUAGAGUUGUUGUGUAUGAAGGCAAGCAGAUCAUGGCAGACUCAGGACCCAUUUAUGACCAGACAUUUACAGGUGGAAGAAUCGGGUUAUUCGUUUUCUCCCAGGAGGCCGUCGUCUUCUCUGACCUCAAAUAUGAAUGCAGAGAUAAUUGAGUGUGAUUGGUGUACUCUAUCUCCUGUCAUGGACUUUUCUGGUCAAGGAAAAACCGGAUCAGUGUAGUGCCUUUAUAAAAAAAAAAAUAAUAAUAAUAAUAAAAAAAUACUUUCUGCAAUAAGGGCCCACAUGAGAGAAGAACUCAGAUCCACAGACCAGAGGUGCCUUCAAGAAGUGAAUAUACCUUCAGUUGGCCAAGUAUGAAAGAAAACAAAAGUUUGGUCAGCAUUGCUUUAGAUUCUCAGUUACCUGUUGCACAAAUAAUCUUUGUAAUGCUACAUUAAGUCCUGCCAUCUUGAAUAUGAACCCAAGGCUCUGAGUGUUAAGGGUUUAUAGUUUUCAUUCAGUAUCAUUUAUUCUUUCAUAUGUCAUUCUCGUGAUUUUUGUGGAGAAAAUUUGUUGUGGCUUUUGUGUUCGUUGCAAGCAUUAAGGGGAGAUGUAUUAUAUUCAGACCUUUUCUACUAUCUACUGUAACUUAUUUGUGUUUUUGUUUUGUUAUUUCUGGUUAUUAGUUAUCAUUCCUUUUGUAUUGUAUCCUUCACUGACAAAUUGUAAAUACUUAUUUAUUUGUUUGCAUUGACACAUUUUACAGAUGAGGUUUAAAAGAAUGUUUUGCAUAUGUUAUCAAAUUGCAUUCAAAUCCGUAAGGCUUUGUCAUUGGCUAUUACUGUACAGUAUCUACAUAGAAAAUGAAUGUGACAAGAGGAAGUGUAAUGUAAUGUUUCACAUUUCUUUUAAACUACAGAGCCUGCAUGUAAGUAACCAUCGCUUAACACCCGUCCUCAGUGAUCCCAGCCGCAGAGACUUUUCUCGCUCUCAUAGGUACAAUGGUAACAAACCUGGAUUGAGAUCUCAGUAGCUCUCCAGUUUCUAGGUCACCGUAACUUGGCAUUGAACCAGCAAUUUUGAAGGUUUCCACUUCACCAGCACACUCUUUUCUGUCUUAUUAUUCAAUAAGAAAGCACCAUUCAGGAAAUUGGCAGUGAGAGAUUUAAUAUAACAUUCAUGUAUUUAUGAGCUGAUUAAGAAUGAUAUAUUACGCCUCUUGUGUACAUGCUUUAAAUGUCAACUUGUUUAAUUUACAGUCCUUUCAUUCACCUCACAAUACAGAGCACUUCAUUAGAUGUUAGUUUCAGAAAUCAUCUACAGUGUAUUGCUUGCUGCUAAUCACAUUUUUAGGUAUCAUCUUGUUUUUAUUAACUAACAGAUGGUUGUUUUUGCUAUUUUGAUCACCCGUGCUUUUCAUGGCAAUUAUGUGUUCACUUUUGUCAAUAAAAUUGAAUAAAC